AUGGAGGAGGUGGAUCAUCGGCUGCGUGACUCGUUACCCACUGAAGCAGUGACCACCGUGGCGCGAUCGGUGCUGAGCGGCGCAUCGAUUUUUCCACCUCCGCCAUCGCCGCCUGUCGGCGCGGGACGAUAUGGCCCCAUCUUCCAUGGCCGGCCGCCCGAUGCGUGGGGCGCACCGCCGCCGCUGCCUACCCUGAGCGCGUCCGCCAAGGACAUUAGUGAGAUGGACGUGCGCGCCGGCUUGCGCCUCGGUGUCUUCCGCGCAGCCACACGGCUGAACAAGGAGCAGGUGAUGGACGAGAUCGAGUCGGUGCGCAUGACAAGCCACGUGGAACGAGUGCUUCUGGAGUCGCCUCAGCAGAUGGCGCUGCUGCCAGGCGUUCCACCACAAGAGCAGGAGUAUGCGUGGGCGACGGUUUUCUUCUCGAGCGCCGAGGCUGCGGACCUGUGCGCGGCCCUGCUUUGUCAGCCGGGUAGACGCUCCAAGUGGGCGCGUGUGAGUAUUCAGCGGCUACCCAUUGUGUCAAGGCAGACGGAGCCGCACACCGCCGAGGAGGAGCAGCGUGCGCAGGUGCACGUUUACCAGAUGAACGCCGUCGCGCACCGCGUGACGAAAGGGGACGGCGCCGCGCUCCUUUGCGGUGUCCAUGACACCGUCCUCGCGCAGAGCGCGUAUGGGUGGUGCGUUCUGUCGACUGGGGGCCUCUUUCCAACCUCGGGCUUGACGUUGUAUCUGAAACAUCGCCACGUCGGCGACUUCACGGGCAUCGACGUAUGCGCCGACUUUGAUCCGCAAUGCAACCAGGACAAGUGCGCGGCUGGUGGGCAGUGCAAAGGGGUGCACCUGCGCGCUUGCGAGCAGUGGCGGUUACUAGUUCCACCAGUGCUCAUAUCGAAAAAGGAGACCUUGACGGCCGGAACGCCGACGCAGGUAAUCACCUCUCCCGCGGAGAGCGCCUGGCAGAGGGCGAGACACGAGGAUACGCUCCUCGUGAUGCCACUUCCCCCUGAAAUCGAUGAGGCGGCCUUUGUAUAUAUGUUCCGUUGGUGUGACGGGUUUCAACGCGCGCAGACAGUGCGCACUGUGGAUGCCCUCCGGUACGGUGUGGUGCAGUUUGCGGACGCCGCGAGUGCUCGGCUGGCGCGGCAGCAGGCCAUCUCUCAUUCCAAUCUGCCCGUUCGCUUCCUGGGAGAGACGACAGCCGAUGCCAACAACACUGAGUCUUUGGCAGGCUCACCGGCGGCCUCGUCGACAGAGCCCACCGGCUCUGCCACGGCGCGCCCUCCCAACAACUCUCGCACAGCUGCGCCGAGUGGCGCUAAUGCCGUGCCUGCUUCCGGUGCCAGCACUGCCGCCGCGACGCACGCGGCGGAUGUCCCGUUUCCGCCUCUUCCCGGCGGCUGGGAGUAUGGACUGUCGCGUCGCACGAUGCAAUACUACUUUCUACAGUCGGGCAAGAAGUCGACGACAUGGAAGCAUCCCAUCACGCAGGAACAGUACAAAGCUCACCGCUGA